AUGGGGUUUCGGCUCUCGACCACCGUGGUGCGCCUCACGCCGCUGCGCCUGCUGUGCGCGGCGGUGCUCCUGUGUGUCCUCUACGCAUCCUCGGCGCUGCCAGACCUGGCCCCGUACGGGCGGCGUGGGUAUGACGACGACGGGCAGGCGCGCCCAGAGCAGGUCACGAUGCGCUUUGGAGAGGAAUGCUCGCCCUUCAGCGCCGGCGCCAUGGAGGACGUCACCGUCGUCGUCAAGACGGGCGCCGGCGAGGCGGCCACGGAGCUGCCCGCGUACCUGAACCGCCUCGGCCGCUGCAAGCAGGACCUGCUCCUCUUCUCCGACCGCAAGGCCAGCGUCCAGGGAUUCGACCUCGUCGACGCCCUCUCCCACCUGCGCCCCGAGUAUCGGUGGGCGAACGCCGACUUCGACGUCUACGACAGCAUCCAGGCCGCCAACCACACGCCCGCCAAGGCCCCGGACGGCCGCAAGCUGGACAAGUACAAGUUCCUGCCCAUGAUGGAGUGGACCGCCUACCUGCGUCCAGACUCGCACUGGUACCUCUUCAUCGAGACCGACACGUACGUCAACUACGACAACCUCUACCGCUUCCUGGCCCGCUUCAACCCCGCCUCCGCCCACUACUUCGGCUCUCCCGUGCGGCCCAAGAAGAAGGCGCCCUUUGCCCACGCCGGCAGUGGCUUCGUCCUGUCUCGCGCUGCGCUGAGCAAACUCAUGGCCCGUGGCCGCAUGUUCGCCGAGAACCACCACUUCCCCGGCACCCACUUCUUCGGCGAGAAGGCCGCCGACUCGUGCUGCGGCGACGAGCUGCUGGCGCAGGUGCUGAAGAAAAGCGGCGUGCCCCUCCGUGGCUACUGGCCAAUGUUCAACGCCGACAAGCCAGCCACGAUACGCUUUGGACCAGAGCAAUGGUGCGAUGCCAUCGUGACCAUGCGCCAUCUGCACCAACACGACUUCACCGCCCUCUCGCAGUGGGAAGAGGCUCGAAAGCACCCAGAGCGCCCUCUGAUGUUCGAGGAGCUGUUCACUGUCGUCGAGCCACGGCUCCAGGACAAAGCUGAAGACUGGUCGAACAUGUCAGACGACGUCGUCCACAAAAAGGGCGUGCCUAUCAAGUCCUUCGAAGAGUGCGAGAGAGCUUGUCUGAAAGACAGCAAGUGCAUGCAAUUCGAACACACUGGUACAGAGUGCAGGUUAUCGCACAGCAUCCGGCUUGGUGAACAACGACUCUCACGAGAGGACGACAAGUACGUUUCCGGCUGGAUGCUCGACCGGAUAAAGGCUUUCAAGAAGGCCAACUCUCCCUGUCAGGGCGCACACUUCGUCCACGCUAACCCUUGA